AUGAAGAUUGGUCUGGAAAGAGGGGGGAAUGCUGCUAGUCUAAAAAAAAGGGGAGGAAAUGCUAGUCUAGAAAGAGGAGGAAAUGCUAGUCUAGAAAGAGGUGGAAAUGCUAGUCUAAAAAGAGGAGGAAAUGCUAGUCUAGAAAGAGGAGGAAAUGCUAGUCUAGAAAGAGGAGGAAAUGCUAGUCUAAAAAGAGGAGGAAAUGCUAGUCUAGAAAGAAGAGGAAAUGCUAGUCUAAAAAGAGGAGGAAAUGCUAGUCUAAAAAGAGGAGGAAAUGCUAGUCUAGAAAGAGGAGGAAAUGCUAGUCUAGAAAGAGGAGGAAAUGCUAGUCUAGAAAGAGGAGGAAAUGCUAGUCUAGAAAGAGGAGGAAAUGCUAGUCUAAAAAGAGGUGGAAAUGCUAGUCUAAAAAGAGGAGGAAAUGCUAGUCUAGAAAGAGGAGGAAAUGCUAGUCUAAAAAGAGGAGGAAAUGCUAGUCUAGAAAGAGGAGGAAAUGCUAGUCUAGAAAGAGGAGGAAAUGCUAGUCUAAAAAGAGGAGGAAAUGCUAGUCUAGAAAGAAGAGGAAAUGCUAGUCUAGAAAGAGGAGGAAAUGCUAGUCUAGAAAGAGGAGGAAAUGCUAGUCUAGAAAGAGGAGGAAAUGCUAGUCUAGAAAGAGGAGGAAAUGCUAGUCUAAAAAGAGGAGGCAAUGCUAGUCUAAAAAGAGGAGGAAAUGCUAGUCUAAAAAGAGGAGGAAAUGCUAGUCUAGAAAGAGAACGCAAUGCUAGUCUAAAAGGUGGAGAAUCAGUAAGUAAGAAGGGUGUUCAGAGACCUUAA